UUUUUGAACCUCCCGAAAAGGGACAACGAAAAAAAGAUCACCCAUCCUGUCUCUUUUUGGGCAACUUUGUGACAGGGUUGGCCUGUCCUUUUUAUGUUGUCCUUUUUUUGAAUCUCGCGACACCGUGGACAUACCCACACACCCACCAGCAUCUCCCAUGCGGAAGUGGCUGCCGUCUCUGGCGCUGCUCGCUGGCAGCAGCAGCGGCGCUUGCUUGACUCUAACCUUCAACAGCAGCCCGGACUCUCUUCCGAUGGCCGCCGCCGGUAUGGAUGCCCUGCUGCCACAGCAACGGCGUUGGCCGUGGCGUUGGUUGCCGUAGAUGAGGUCCAACGCAACGAUUUGUCGCAGGAGGACCUCCUGGAGGAGGACCCGGCCAACGACCUUCCCCGCGAGAGACUUCCGCGGUCGCAGAGACAGAGGAAAGACGUGGAGACAUGUGCUUGGGCGCAGCUGUUGGAGGAUAAAGACCUCGAGGACAGCACGAGCAUCACCGCGAAGCAGUUUCGAGUGGACUUCCGCGUACCCUACACCUUCUUCCUUCGGCUUGUUGCCUUGGUCAAGAGCAAGAACUGGUUCUCGACUGCUGGGAAGGACGCCGUAGGUCGGGCAAGCCACCCAGUGGAGCACAAG